CACCGCUAACUCAUGCCCGGGUAGACACGGCGAUCCAGCAUCUCGUGUACCGAGCAGACGACAUUUUAAUGGCGCGGGAUCUGGUAAUGAGAUUGAGCGGUACUACCAAGGACUGGACAUGUUGAGUCGAGUACUGCUGUGUAUUGUCUUAUUACAUCAGUCAGUACUAGUACAGACACUGGAUGUAGUGGCAGUGCUGGCGGAGGAGAAACAUAAAAGUCUUAAACUCCUGGAGGACACACUGAAAGAUGAAGGUCAACUACACGGCUGGACAGGGGCGGUCAAGGUCAUCAAACUGAACGACACCAACCCUAUAACAGCCCUGGAUAAAGUGUGUUCCGUGAUGUCUGAGGGAGCGGUACUGUUGAUUGACAUGGCUGACCCCUUGACGGGUCAACUGUUAAGGUCAUUUGCACGGUCCACGGGGUUACCAUACGUCACUUUACUGGACAAAGCUACGCUGAUCGAGAAAGACUUCAACCCUGACCUUCACCUCCAGAUAGAGCCGCCGGGGUCCGUGUUGAUGGGGGUGGUUCGUGACGUCAUUACCCACGAACAUUUGACUGGAAUAGCUGUCUUGUAUGAUAACUCCUUUGAUCUGGAUAAAAUUCCUAAAAGAUUUCUAACGGGACUUCCGGCUCAGCACCUGUUUCAGGAAAUUGCUUCCAGUUCCCACAAUGCAACACUCCGGCAACUCUAUCGAUUGGAAGACAAUCAGAUUCGUAAUUUUUUCAUCGUUGCAAACAAGGAAAACAUUAAGACAAUCCUUGAAACGGCCAGCGGCACUAAACUUAUGGACGAAAAAUAUCAUUGGUUUGUUUUGACUAAGGACAUGAGCAUCACGUGUCAGGGGUGUAAGACCCACGGGAGGGGCACCGUUCUUCUGUUCACGGGACAGCCCAACAACGACAUCAUGCAGAACGAGUACAUCCCCUUCAUCCGGGGACUGUCCAAGUAUAUCUCCACCUUCACGGCGGACGGCUCCAAUAUAGAUGAAGCAUUUAUAUUUGAUUUGAUGAACAUGAUCGGCACCCGCCUUGUUAAUCAGAAUGUGGACCAAUCAGUGAGUCUGAAUCAAAGUGACUGCUACAGCGUCACCGGACCGGAACCGGAAGUCUACAACCAAAGCAGGGCGUUUAUCCAUAGUUUCGUGAACAGAUCCAGGAAUGGCGUGUUCGGACCUCUCUACUUCAAGGACAACGUGCUCACACAGAGGCUGACUUUGUCCGUCAAACGAUUGACCUUCACCCAACAAGCCCAGUCAACCGAAACAAUCGGUAACUGGACGGCUGAGCGAGGCCUGAGUCUGUUGGACACAAGUCUACUUAAACCACCAGGCAAGAAGAAAUAUAAGAUCGUGGUGGUCCCCAGCUAUCCUCCGUUUGUGAUACCCAAGGGAAACAACUCGUUUGACGGUUACUGCAUCGACCUGCUCCACGAGAUACAGGGUGUGCUGAAGUUUGACUACGAGUUGUACCCGAGUCCUGACGGCCUGGUGGGAUCCAUGGACGACCAGGGACAAUGGAAUGGAGUCGUCAAGGAGCUCAUGGAGAAGAGAGCUGACAUAGCAAUCGGUCCUAUAUCUGUGAUGGCGGAGCGAGAGAAUGUGAUAGACUUUACCGUGCCGUACUACGACUUGGUUGGGCUGACCAUCCUUCUCAAGAAGCCCGAGUUUGACUAUGAACUCUUCAAGUUCCUGAUCGUCCUGGACGAGAACGUCUGGCUCUGUAUCAUCGCCUCCUACUUCCUGUUUAGCGGGCUGCUUUACGCCUUUGACAAGCUGAGUCCGUACAGCUACCAAAACAACCGCCGGAAGUACGAGAACGUCACGCCAGAGCCCCGGAUCUUCACCAUCAAGGAGGGCAUCUGGUUCUGUAUGAUGUCUCUCACGCCGCAAGGUGGGGGAGAGGCCCCGCGGGCGCUGUCGGGCCGCCUGAUUGCUGCCACCUGGUGGCUUUUUGGAUUUAUCGUCAUAGCAACCUACACAGCCAAUCUGGCGGCGUUCCUGACUGUGUCUCGUUUGGACGAACCAAUCAAAUCACUGGACGAUCUGUCCAGUCAACACACGGUGAAGUACGCGCCACACAAUGGCAGCGCCGCAAUGGUGUACUUUCAGAGAAUGGCGGAAAUAGAGCAGAAAUUUUAUAGCAUCUGGAAGAACAUGAGUCUGGACGACACGCUGAACCCGGUGGAGCGGGCCAAGCUGGCGGUGUGGGACUACCCGGUCAGUAACAAGUACACCAAGCUGUGGGAGACCAUGAAGCUGUCGGGGUUCCCCCACUCCCUGGAGGAGGCCCUCACUAGCGUCAAGAACGGAACCUUCGCCUACAUCGGUGACGCGGCGGAGAACCAGUACCAGACGAUGAGGUCCAUGGAGAACUGUGAUCUCUGGCAGGUGGGCGAGGAGUUCAGCCGGAAGCCGUUCGCUUUGGCCGUCCAGAACGGGUCGCCGCUUCGUAACGACCUGUCCACCGCCAUUCUUCAACUACUUAAUCAAAGAAUGUUGGAGAAACUAAAAAAGAAAUGGUGGGACAAGAACAAAGUGAAGUGUCCCAAGCUGGAGAAUGAGAGCGAGGGAAUCAGCCUAAACAACAUUGGCGGGGUGUUCAUCCUGAUCGCGGGGGGAGCGGCCCUGGCCCUCGUAUGUCUUGGCUUCGAACUCUACUUCUUCAAGUACAAGCCCAAACAGGCCUCCAAGAACUACGGGGUCGCCAAGUCUCACUCUAAAGCCAAUAUCUGCCAGGACGAGAACGGUGCCAGGAAACAGAACGGCGUCAGUAAUGGCGGCAGGGCGCCGUCUGAGGACUCACAGGUGACCCCCAGUGUUGAGAGGAAAAACGGGAGUUCUCUUAAUAUCUUUAACCGACAGAAACGUGGGGUGACUUUCAAUUUGGGGGAUAGCUUGUAGUUGGUGCAAUGUUAAUUUUUUGAUAUAUUACAAACAAGUUUACUUGUCAAUAUUUUUGUCAAUACAUCUUUUUAAAAUAUGUUCAAUAACAAGAAAGAAAAUAUGUUCAACAACAAGAAAGUUGUUUAUGUGUCAGUAUUAAUAUUUUAAAUAUUUUCACUUUACGUAAAAAAAAAAAAAUUUUAAAGUAAUGAUUUUAACAUUUUUCAUUGAAUAAUAUUGAAAUUUAUUUAUUCGGCAAUUAAAAAAUAUCAAAGAUUUAUGUAUAUAUAUGUGCUUGUAUUAUUGUGAAGGAGUCUUCUUUCUGUUUAAAUGUUAUCAAUGGUUGAUAUAUACUCAGUAUGUAUUAUAACCAUUAUUGUUUUUGUUUUUUGAUGGUGUAAUUUAACAUGUACUUAUACAAAUACUUAACAAUACGAGCUGCAAUUUUUAUACUGAUUUUUUCUUUAUGAAAAAUGUUAUUUUCCACUAAAUUGACAAAAAUAUCAUGGUUUUUAAAGUUCUGUUAGCUAUAUUUUUAUUUGAAAAGCUGUAAAGAAGCAAAAUUGAAUUAUUGUCGUCCUGGUCAAAAAUUGAUCUGCUAUAUAUUCCUUAGAAGAGAAAUCUUUCUUCUGACGAAAAUUAAUGAUUCUUUCAAACCUUUUUUAUCAUAAGAGUUUAAUUCACAUGCAGACUUAUCAUACUAGCAAGUUUUUGUAGCAAAAUAAAAUUCUUAAAAAAAUAAGCUCAUAUUGCUUUAAGAUUUUUUCACUAUCUUAGUGUUUGGUAUCCAGAACUUUAAAAGUUUUCUUCUAUUUCCCUUUUCAGCAUCAACUUUACAUGUACCCAGUUCAAAUUGUCUUCCUCUCCUCAAUGUUUCUAUAUCUUCAUAACACUUUUUCUUCAUGAAAAUCCAACCUCUUCUUUUUAGAUCAUAUGACCUGAGAUGAUUUAUUCCACCUUCCAUUCCUUUUCCGAGUGACCAGCAAAUUCAAGUAAUUAAAUCUAUAUACAUAACAAAAAACCCAGAGAAUUUCAGCAAAGCUUUUGUUUUAUAAUAUGAAUCAACAUUUGAUAUGCACAAGUAUUAUGGCUCAAAUCAGUGAUAAAAUGGUAACAUAAUUUACACAUGUCAUGUCGUGCUAAUAAUGAUACAUCAUUAUGCAAUUACAUCCCAAAAGUGGAAAAACAUCAACCAAAAAAAUACAACAACAAUAGUCGACACAAAAAUAAACUUCUGUUUACAACAAAGCACAGCACUCAACAUACAAAACAAGCACUUGGACCCAAAAAAUAAUAUAUUGGUUUUCAGGCAGAGCCCCUUCAGUCAAAUGUAAUUGCCAUAUUAAUGAAACGGGGAAUAGCUCAAUUUUCAGUUCCAAAUUAAAAUAUGAAAUUUGAGUUAUUCCACUUCGCAACUCUUAAAAAAAAAAAGUCAAAAAAAAUAAA